AAUUUUUUUUAAUGUAUACUUACUUCCACUCAUACCAACCGAAGAUUAGAUGUCCGAAUCCAAAGUAGCCAUAAUUACCGGCACAUCGUCGAACUUGGGUAUUAAUAUUGCAUACCGUGUUCUUCAGGAAACUCCGAAAUCAACCAACCUUACAUUUAUUGUAACUUCAAGAACACUUCCAAAGGCCCAACAGGUUAUAAAAGAUAUCAAUGAUUAUGUAUACAAGAAUAUUCCAGAUAGAACUGGUCAAUUAGAAUUUGACUAUCUUCUAGUUGACUUCACAGACAUGGUGUCAAUUUUGUCAGCGUACUAUGAUAUCAACAAGAAAUUCAAGAAGGUGGAUUAUUUCUUCGUCAAUGCCGCUCAAGGAGUUUACUCUGGCAUUGAUUGGGUUGGCGCCACAAAGGAGAUUCUUAAAAAUCCUAUUGAAGGUGUAACCAAUCCCACCUAUAAGACUCAACGUGUAGGAGUGAAGUCUCGGGAUGGGUUAGGCUUAGUUUUUCAAGCAAAUGUGUUUGGUCCAUACUAUUUAAUCCACAAGAUCAAGCACUUAUUGAGUAACGGUGGUACGAUUAUUUGGAUUUCCUCAUUGAUGUCACAACCUAAAUAUUUGUCGUUUAAUGACUUGCAAUUGUUAAAGUCCGAUGCAUCUUACGAGGGUUCUAAACGUUUGGUCGAUUUAAUGCAUUUAGGGUCAUUCCGCCAUCUUAGUCAACAUGGAAUUCGCCAGUACGUGACACACCCAGGUAUCUUUACAAGUUUCUCAUUCUAUCAAUACUUGAAUGUUUUCACUUACUACUCCAUGCUCAUGCUUUUCUACUUGGCGCGUUUCUUUGGCUCCCCAUGGCAUAAUAUCACCGGUUAUGCUGCAGCCAAUGCCCCUGUACACUGUGCAUUUCAUAGCGAAAAUGAAGAUCAGCAGCUUAAGUUCGGGUCUGCAACAACAAGAACCGGGGAAGAGUACCUCGUACGGUCAGAGAUUGAUGGCACUGGUGCCGAAGAUGUUGUGUCCUAUUUGGAAGAAUUAGCAGCCGAAUGGGACGUCAAAUUGAAGGACCAGAUCGUUGAAAGUAGACAACCAUAGAUUUAUGCCUUAAUAAGAGCUUUAGAAUUUACUAUACACUAUUUAGUUUAGAGCCAGUAAUGGCUAAU